CGCCGGUCAAAGCGAGAGUGUACGACGACUUGGAUUUUAUUUUGUAUUCCAUAUCCAAAGCAACGCGAAGAAAAGAAAAACAAAGCAAAAAACAUGCUACCGUAAUUGUAGUUUUACAAGUAUUAUAUUUAAAGAAAAAGCAAUUCAAAGCAUAAAUGCAAUACUGAAACGGCUGAAUAUUUAAAGCCCCAAUGCUAAGGGAAGAAUACAGGUCUACAUUUUCAUACUGAAAGAGCAAAACAAAACAAAAACAAAAUAAAAAAACAACUACUACAACAAAAAUAUUUACGGUACGGUGCGUGCGAGCCAAAAAUUAAAGAGUAGUCGAUAGUUUGUGUCGCUGUGUGAAUUCUCCCAGAAGAGGGUGUGUUUUUCUGAUUAAUUUGCCAUUAUUAAUCAUUCAUGGAAAUAAGUUAAUUAAAAUAAAAAUCAUCACAAAAAAUAUAUAUUAACGAGGUUAAGGCAUCAAACCAGCAGAAGAAAAAUAACGUGUCUGCCUUAGUGGAGGAAACAAAAAGCAGAAGAAGAAGCAGCAACAGCAUGGUAAAUGAGUGAUUGUGUCCCUUCUAUUGUUGUGAUAUUUUCCCUGGGGUUCUGACAUUGUCAGGGCGCAUGUGCGUUACUGUCAAAGCAAAGAUGAAAAGUGCCGCUGCAUGCGAGAAGUGGCCAAGAAGUGCAUUUUCAAAACAAACCCAAGUCACAAAUUCAUUCAAAAAGCCCUUUGUGCCUAAGUGCGUGUGUGUGUGUUAGUGAGUGUUUUUUUUUAGAAUUUCUAAUCGGGGCCUAUUAAUUUUAUCUCCAACGCAUAAUUAUUUGUGUGAAUGAAUGCAUGGAAAAAUAAGUAAAUACAAAUAUUGAUAAAAAAAAGCAGGAGCAGAUGAAAAAAAAAUAUCACAUAUAGGAAAUAAAUUUCUUUGUUCCCCCAUAUUCGUCACAACAAAAAAGUCAGUCAGCCGUUGGUUCGAAACAAAGCAAAUCCUCAUCAUUCAAAACGUAUCUUUCCACAACGACCUCCGCAAAGUGUAUUUUCCAGAGUGUUUGUGUUUGAGUGCUUCAUCUAAAUAUAUUCCCAUCAAAAUAAAAUAUAAAAAAAUGAAAAAUACAACCAGUCCCUCCAUUCAUUUGAAUAGAAAUUCAAAAAUUUGCCUCAAAAUGUCUUUCACCUUGGGUGUUGUAUUAUUGAUGCUAACUUUACAAAGUUUUUUGGUACAAACAAAACCCAUAAUGGAAUAUUCAGCAAAACAUCGAAAACACCAUAAAAAUGCGAAUUUAGAAUCAGCUGUUUCUGAUGAUAUUCUGUAUAAUUACUUGAUGGAGUUUGAUUAUCUACCAAAGUCAGACUUCGAAACAGGAGCUUUAAGAACUGAGAAACAAUUUAAGGAUGCGAUUAGAAACUUACAGCGUUUUGGCCACAUUCCAGAGACUGGCGAACUCGAUAGCGAAACAAAAAAGCUCAUAAAACGACCACGUUGUGGUGUGGGCGAUAGCAACCAAACGUUAUCCUUUUCACCGGACAAUCUACAUCAUGGUCGUAUGAAGCGGUAUGCACUGCAGGGACCCAAAUGGGAUAAAACCGAUUUAACAUGGAGGUAAGAAUUCCCCAAACCAAAUGAACAAAUUUUCGAGAUUUUUUAAAGCCAAAAAAGCAAAGCGAUUUGCCGUAAGUUAUUGUUGAAUCA